GAGGAGGGAGAAGGGGAGGAGGAGGAGGAAGAGGGGGAAGAAUAUGGCCUAGAGGAGGAGGCCGUCAGGGAAGAAACAGAGGAAAAGUCUGGAGAAGCACAGGGGGAGGAGGCUGCCAUUCAGGAGGAAACCACAGCGAAGCCUCAACAAAUCACCAAGUCCAUAACCAGUUCGGAGAUAGUUACACUGACUGAUUCCCAGUCAGUCAUGUCAGGAACUUCCCUAAGAACCCUUAGCGAGGCGAAGGAUGCGUUAGAAUCAGAGCGUUUGGAAACAAAUGAGUCUUUAAGAGACUUGAGCUCAAAACUAAAAUUUCUUGAUUUGGAUCAAACCCGUUCCGAGGAACCAGAGAUUAGUUUCCCCGAAACACAGCCCUCAAGCGAGCUCGGGGAGAAAAUCGACCAGAUGCCCCAGGAUGAACGGGGACAGGAAAGGAGAGAGGAAAAAAGAUCAUCAGACUUAAGUGAGCGACGAGAAGCAGAGAAGCCGGAGAAAUCACUGGUGUCUACCAGCGAGGACAUACUGUUUCGAAAGGAUAACCGCGCCAACGUGUAUCCUUUGACCAUGACUUGGUCUUUCGGAUGGAACAGUUCUCUUCCUGUUUACUACAUUCGAGAUGAAAACCAGCGAGUUCUUCUGUACGUCUGUGCCCACACUGCAGUCAUCUACGAUGUCUUCAAGAAUACUCAGCACCAUCUUCAGGGCCAUGCUAACGUGAUCUCCUGCCUCUGCGUCAGUGAAGACAGGCGGUGGAUUGCCACUGCCGACAAAGGGCCCGACUGCCUGAUAAUCAUCUGGGAUUCCUUCACAGGCAUUCCUGUGCACACAAUAUUUGACAGCUGCCCAGAAGGCCACGGCAUUGAGGCCAUAGCCAUCACCCGGGACGCCAAAUAUCUGGCAACCAUCUCCGAUGCUGAAAUCCAGGAAGUUUGCAUCUGGAGGUGGACCUUAGCUGUGGAAACGCCAGCGUGUACCCUCAACCUCCUCAAAGAAUAUGGUGUUCAGAACUAUCUUACUUUUAAUCCAGCAAAUAAUAAAGAAUUGGUGAGCAACAGUAAAACACAGGCAAUAUAUUAUUUGUGGUGUGAAGAGGGAGAUCUACUUGCUCACAGUGCCCCACGUUUAACAGAAAAAACCUUCAACAAGCUCGUGGGAAAAUUUAGCCAGUCAGUCUUUCAUUUGAAUUUAACACAAAUACUUUCCGCAACAAUGGAAGGGAAGCUGGUUGUCUGGGACAUCCACCGCCCAACGUCGUCUGCCUCCGCCUCUGCGGGCUUUCCUCAAAUCAAACCUUGUAAACUGGUUCAUUUGCAGAAAGAGGGCCUCACUGUGCUCACUACAGUGGAUCGCUAUAUCGUCACAGGUGAUAUUAGAGGUAACAUUAAGUUCUACGAUCGGACCCUGUCCAUUGUUAACUGGUACAGCAACUUCAAACUGAGCUCCAUAAGGACCCUGUCGUUUUCCAAGACCCCAGCAGCUCCCCCCACCGAAAAAUCAAACUAUCCUCCAGACUGCACUCUAAAAGGUGACCUUUUUAUUGUAAGGAAUCUUAUCAUUGGAACAUCGGAUGCGACAGUGUACCACUUAACGGCAGAUGGGACCAAACUUGAGAAGUUAUUCGUGGAGCCCAAGGAUGCCAUUUGUGCCAUCUCCUGCCACCCGUACCAGCCCCUCAUCGCCAUUGGCAGUUUCUGUGGGAUGAUCAAAGUGUGGGAUUAUGAGGAGAAAAAGUACCUUUUCAGCAGGGUCUUUGAGAAGGGGCUGGGCGUCCAGAGUCUAACCUACAAUCCUGAAGGAGCCCUUCUUGGAGCUGGCUUCACAGAGGGGACAGUUUACAUUCUUGAUGCAAUGUCCUUAGAAAACCAAAUCCCAGAGCCUUUCAAAUAUUCCAGAACCAGCGUGACUCAUAUCAGCUUCUCCCAUGACUCCCAGUACAUGGCGACUGCUGACGUGUAUUUUACUGUGGCCGUUUACAUGGUGGUAGUCAGAAACGGACACCGGGUCUGGGAAUACCUGGCGAGGCUUCGUUCUCAUCGCAAAAGCAUCCGCAGUCUCCUGUUUGGGGUUCAUCUGGACAGCAACGAGCCGAGACUGCUGAGCCUCGGGAGGGACAGGCUCUUGAUUGAAUAUAAUCUUCUUAAGAGCUGCAGAGACAACCUGGAGAUCUUGGACAUUCACCGCACCGACCAGGGCAACUAUCCCACCUGUAUGGUCUGGUACCCACCGCUCACCAAGGAGCUCUUCCUGCUCAUUUGCAACAGCGGCUACAAAGUGAAACUUUUUAAUUCUACCACCAAAAUGUGCCGAAAGACGCUUCUCGGGCCGGUUUUUGGUUCUCCCAUUGAGCAGAUACAAAUCCUCCCGGUGAAAAGCACCUUGGAACUGCAGAAACGCUACAUGGUGUUUAUUAACAGGGACAAGGUUGGACUUCAGAUCUUACCAGUUGAUGGCAAUCCACACAAGACAGCUGCCAUCAUAUGCCAUCCCAGUGGGGUGGCGGGAAUGGCCCUGUCCUAUGACGGCUGCUGGGCCUUCACGGCGGGAGGACAGGACCGAUCGGUGGUGCAGUGGGAAAUCAACUUAAGAGCGCUGGACGCAGCUGUUUCUCUUGGGGGAGAAGACUUGACCCCGUUCUAUGGUCUGGUGGCUGGUGGCAGGGAAGGAAAAUUCUACAGGGAACUGGAAGACUAUUUUUACUAUUCUCAGCUCCGUAGUCAAGGUAUUGAUACAAUGGAGACCAGAAAGGUGUCGGAACACAUUUGCCUGUCAGAGCUUCCUUUUGUCAUGAGGGCAAUUGGCUUUUACCCGUCGGAAGAGAAGAUUGAAGAUAUGUUUAACGAAGUCAGAUUUAGUGAAUAUGUGGACACUGGAAAGCUAAUUGACAAAAUCAACUUACCAGAUUUCUUCAAAGUUUACCUCAAUCAUAGGCCACCUUUCGGUAACACCAUGCGUGGGAUCCAGGAGAGCUUUGACAUUCUUGGUUUUACCAAUUCAAAAGGAAAGAAAGCCAUACGAAGAGAAGAUUUCCUAAAUCUGCUUCUAACAAAAGGUGAGCACAUGACCGAAGAGGAGAUGUCUGACUGCUUCGCUACCCUGUUUGGACUGAACCCUGAGGGGUGGAAAUCCGAGCCUGUGGCCUCCUCCGUCAAAGGUUCAGAAAUCUGCCUUGAAGAAGAACUUCCAGACGAAAUCACUGCAGAAAUAUUCACGAUGGACAUUCUUGGCCUAACCGUUUCACAAGAUUUCAGACAAGAUCCUAUGGGCAGUGAAGUUGUAAAGAAUGUUUGAAGCACAAAAGACUUUGUGUGUGCGGGGUGUUCCCCCCCACCCCGCCCCAAGAGGCAAUGCUUUCCCUGCAUUUCCCUGCCCCCACUCUCAUCUUUGGAAUAUUUAGACAUUAAAAGCAAAUUUCUGUUAAGCAAUGGAAUUCACAAAGUUGGACAUUCCACUGUUUCUGAAAUAGGAAAGUGGGUGGAGGCAAGAAACACACUGGCAGCCGGAUGUACAGGGUGGCUGGGUCCCCUGGCCCGUCCCUCUGCCUAAUAUAAGGCAAAGCUACCAGAGCAGAGUUGGAAAGGACCUGGAGGUAGGCUGGUCCUAGGGACACGUGUGGCCCUCGAGGGCCACCUGGACCUUAGACCUCUUGUGGGUCACCCCUACCUGCGGUUUGACUAGGGGAGGAAGGGGAGAAGCCAGAAGCAGGAGAACCCUGCUUCUGGGUUCUCAUCAGCAAAACACCUAAGCGGCUGUGUGUGGCCGUUAGGGAAGAGCAUCACUGGCCAUGCUUAGCCCUGGUGGCAACUGCCAGAAAGAAUGCAAAAAAGCCCCCCUGGGGCCCUGCGUGCUGCACCUGGGCCAGAAACCACCUGGCUGGCCCCCAGAGGGCAGAACUCACCGACCAGAGUCUGUGAGCCUCCCCCUCCCCCACACCUCCCCCACAAAACCAGCGGCGGGGACAUUCGCUGCCUCAAUUUCUGCUGGGCUUCAAAACACAUUAGCAGGCAAAAACAGGGCCCAGUUGCCCAACUCGGGGGAUGUUUGGGGAACAGGACUGAGUUUUCAGCGGUGUUUUGACCUUGGGAAUAGAGCACCAUCUUUGUGUAAACAAGUGAAAUGACGGUCUGAUUUUAGAGAUUUGUUCCCAGUAAUGAGUUCUCACGCAGACCCGUGUGCCAAAUGUGAUUCUCUACACAUGCUCAGUCCUUCGCACCCACACCGGGUCUGUCCCCGGAGGCGCUGGCGUGGGAGAUGACAUCUCGGCUCCCCCAAGAGCCCUUCCUCCUCAGGAGCAGAGUACGCGUGAGAGAAGUAAAUGACAGGGCGCCGUCCCCUGUGCGCAGAGCGCUUCCCCCUGCCUGGCAUCCACUUGGAAACUUGGCUUCUGUGAGUCUUUGGAACUCUGGAACAUAGAACAGAACUGUCUACCCCAAAACAGGCUGUGUCAUGGCGACCUUGGGACCAACAGCGUGGGCUGGUUUUCCGUGGUGUCUGUUCAUCAAAUUGUGGUGCCAGGCUUGGUAAUCAGGUUUACAUUUUUUUAAAAAAAAAAAAAAAAAAAAACACCCAAACAACCA